AUGGCGUCCCCUGCUGGCAACAUUACCUUCGAUGACUACCUCGGCCUGACGGCCUGUCUCUUCGAGUGGGCCGACUCCUACGACUCCAAGGACUGGGACCGUCUCCGCAAGUGCAUCGCCCCAGAGCUCCGCAUCGACUACCGCUCCUUCCUCGACAAGAUCUGGGAGGCCAUGCCGGCGGAGGAGUUCAUCGCCAUGAUCAGCGACAAGUCGGUCCUCGGCAACCCGCUGCUCAAGACGCAGCACUUCAUCGGCGGCACGCGCUGGGAGAAGGUCUCCGACACGGAGGUCAUCGGGCACCACCAGCUGCGCGUGCCGCACCAGAAGUACACGGACGCGAGCCGCAAGACGGUCGCCGUCAAGGGCCACGCGCACAGCUACAACAUGCACUGGUACAAGAAGGUCAACGGCGUGUGGAAGUUUGCCGGGCUCAACCCCGAAAUCCGCUGGUCCGAGUACGACUUCGAGGCCGUGUUCGCCGAUGGCCGCGACUCGUUUGGCGAGGACGAGGACGAGAAGAGCGAUGUCAAGGUUGUGGAGAAGGAGCUCAAGUCUGCGGUGGCUCACUAA